AUCUGAAGACGAGUCACACCGCAGCGAACUGGAGAGUGAGUGCUGCCUUUAUUUGGUCUGAUCAUGAAUGACCAAGCACAAGAAAGGCCUCGGUUGUGACUUUAUUGACUAAAGGAGAACCUCAGAGAAUUAUUUAGUUUGAAGUGAGACGACAGACGACACAAUGGCUCACAUGGACGCUGAGUUAACUCGGAACGGCGUUGCUCGAGAGUGGAGUGGACAGCUCCAGCCUGCUCUGGUUGCAACUUUUUUUUUCCUUAUCUUCUUGGAGGUCGGUUUACGGGCGAGGAACCUAAGGCUCAAGAGAAGACUGCCGGGACCCUUCGCUUGGCCCUUGGUGGGCAACGCCAUGCAGCUGGGCCAGAUGCCUCACAUCACCUUCGCCAAACUGGCCGAAAAAUAUGGUAACGUGUACCAGAUAAGACUCGGUUGCAGUGACAUUGUGGUCUUGAAUGGCGACAGGGCCAUACGUCAAGCGCUGAUUCAGCACGGCAGGGAGUUUGCAGGCAGGCCAAACUUUGUGUCUUUUCAGUAUGUGUCGGGAGGGAAAAGCUUGACUUUCAGCAGUUACAGCAAAGAGUGGAAGAUGCACAGGAAAAUUGUUCAAUCCACCAUCAGAGCGUUCUCAUCUGCCAACAGCCAAACCAAAAAAGCUUUUGAGUGGCAAAUUGCAGCCGAAGCUCAAGAACUGGUUGAUAUUUUCCUUAAGCUAGGAUCUCAGGGUCAUUAUUUCAACCCUUCCCAUGAGCUAACAGUAGCUGCAGCUAAUGUGAUUUGUGCCCUGUGCUUCGGAAAACGUUACGGACACGAUGAUGCUGAGUUCAGAGCCUUGUUACAGAGAGUUACCGACUUUGGACAGACGGUUGGAGCUGGCAGCUUAGUGGAUGUGAUGCCGUGGCUUCAAUCUUUCCCAAAUCCCGUCCGCAGUGUGUUCAAGAAUUUCAAAUACUUGAACAAGGAGUUCUUCAAGUUUGUUCAGGGCAAAGUUGAAGAGCACAGGGAGACCUUCGAUCCUGAGGUAACCCGGGAUAUGAGCGACGCCAUUCUCGGGGUCAUUGCCAAGACUGAGGGUGAAAAUGGACUCACCCAGGGCUACACUGAGGGGACAGUUUCAGAUCUCAUUGGUGCAGGUCUGGAUACUGUUUCCACUGCUCUCGACUGGAUACUCCUCCUUCUUGUGAAACACCCUGAAAUUCAAACGAGACUCCACCAGUUGGUGGACAAGGUGGUGGGGCCCAACAGACUCCCCUCUGUGGAGGACAGAGGUGAGCUGGCCUAUCUUGAUGCCUUCAUCUAUGAAACAAUGCGGUUCAGCAGUUUCGUGCCCGUCACCAUCCCCCACUCUACCACCUCAGAUGUUACUAUCGAAGGUUUUCGCAUUCCAAAAGACACGGUGGUCUUCAUCAAUCAGUGGUCCAUCAAUCACGACCCCCUGACGUGGAAGGACCCGCAGACCUUUGACCCCUCACGCUUCCUUGACGACAAUGGCUCCCUAGACAAGGACCUCACCAAUAACGUUAUGAUCUUCUCGGCAGGGAAGAGACGUUGCAUCGGUGACCAGAUUGCCAAAGUAGAGAUUUUCUUGUUCUUUGCGAUCCUCCUUCAACAAUGUCACUUUGAAAAAUGUCCCGACAAAGACCUCUCCCUAAAUUGCGCCUACGGUUUAACGCUGAGGCCUUUGGAUUUCAAAAUCACUGCCAAACCCCGGCGAGAGACAAUCGACACAGAAGAUGGCAAAAAAAGUAUAAACUAAGAAUUUAUCACUUAUUCUACUGAGAACCUUUAUGUACCAAGCAUUGAUUGUUUUACAACAGACUAUGUACACUUCACAUUUUAAAUCAGAACAAAGUUGUUACAGUUUAUGCUUUAGGAUAGUUUAUGGUUUUACAAAUAUUUAUUUUAUAUACAUAUUUCACUGUCAUAGUCUGUGAAAGGACAUGUGAAAUAAUCCUACAUUUAAUUGAUAGAAUUGAUACUGUGUCUAUAUAUUGGUGUUUUAUAUACCUACGUAUGUGUCCCAGACAUAUCCCUGGUCACUUUAUUAGGUAGACCUGUACAUUACAAUGGAAUGAAAUCUGCACAAUAAAUACACUUAUUAUUAUUUAGGUUGUACUUUUGUCACUUAAUGUAGCAAAAUGGUUUAGCCAGUCUGAGACAUCAUGCCUCUAACAGUUCUCACUGAGUCGUGUUGUGUUUAUUAACAUAGAUUUAUUUUUCGAUGUAAGUGUACCUCAUUUUGUGACCAAAUAUUUUGUUUUAUUUGUACAGUUUUCUAUUUGUACAAUUAGGAAAUGCCACAUUACUUGAGUAAAGAGCAGCGUAUGCUGUUUAUAAACGGCAAUUUCUCAUAAUAAACCUGACAAAUAUGUAUUCUGGAGUGUGACUAAAACAUCGCAGGUAAAAUAAACAUCUCCGCUAACUUACAA